UGUUCUUCAUGGAAAAUUUUGUGAAUGGUCAUUUCAUGCAUUGUAUUCCUCUCAAGUCUCAUAAAUUUGAAGGCAUCACAUCAUAUAGAUAACCACCAAUAAUCAGAUACACAAUAAAAAAAAGGCAUGACAGGUGAUCUACUUAGAUGACUAUCUGUAUGCUUUGUUUGAAGUAGCAUUAUUAUGGUUUAUUGAGAAAAGCUAGAAACGCAUUAUUUCAGCUAUGCCUAUGCACAAGCACAAGGUUUCUGUUCAUCUUCUAUCCUUCCAGGCCCUCGUUUUUUUCUUAUCAAUUUUCAUUCACUUCUCUCAUUGUGAUGUUGGCACUGCUUCUCACUACGGUCCUCCCUUUUUACCCACAGCAUGUUACGGUAAAGACGCAUCAGAGUUUCCAUCGAGCAACAUGUUUGCAUCAGCAGGAGAAGGCAUAUGGGACAAUGGUGCUGCAUGUGGUAGGCAGUAUCAGGUGAGGUGCAUCAGUGCAGCCGCACCUAGAACCUGCAUUCCUGGCCAGUUGAUCCAGAUCAAGAUCGUCGAUCGCGCGCAAUCAACGGUCUCUAGGCCUUCCAGGGCUGGAACUUCCAUGGUCCUCUCCACCACUGCAUUCCAGGCCAUUGCAAAUGCCUCUGCUUCUUUGAUCAACAUUGAAUUUCAACAGGUUUAAUUCGAAGGUACAAACUAGCAUCAGUGCAUUGUAGAAAAGAAUUGUCAUUCCUUUAUUAGUCAUAAGAUAAGGGUAUCUUUAUUAAUUAGAAAAGGAUUAUGCAUAUGCAACUACUAGUCUACUAGAAAUGUUGUCAAAGUCAAUGCAACGUACAUGUUUAGAUACAUUUGUUUACCUAUAUAUAAAGCAAUAUCCCAAUUAUUUCUGCUAUAA